GCAACUUCCGAUGGGUUUGCAAUCGUGUCCCCACUUCCUGUUUCCUGCACAUGUUGGAGUUAUGGGGAAAAAGAAGGCACCGAGUACCACUUUAGGUCGAUCUCUGAUUAAAGAGCGAACCCGAAUCCAGCGGGGACCACGGAACAAGGACACCUGGCUUCACACUAGUGAGUUAAAUGAUGGAUAUGACUGGGGACGGCUUAAUCUUCAAUCAGUGACUGAGCAAAGUUCUAUUGAUGACUUUCUUGCAACAGCAGAGUUGGCAGGAACAGAAUUUAUUGCUGAGAAACUUAAUAUCAAAUUUGUUCCUGCUGAAGCCAGAACAGGUUUACUUACAUCUGAAGAAACAGAGAGGAUUCAAAAACUACAUGAGGAUAAUGAACAGUUUUUAUGUAUACCAAGAAGACCUUACUGGGAUGAAAAUACCAGCGCAGAAGUUCUCAAGCAAUCUGAGAGAGAGACUUUUUUGGAAUGGAGACGGCAGCUUGCUAAGUUAGAAGAAGAGAAGAAGCUGAUUCUGACUCCAUUUGAAAGAAAUCUAGACUUUUGGCGCCAAUUGUGGAGAGUCAUUGAGAGAAGUGACAUAGUGGUGCAGAUUGUGGAUGCUAGAAAUCCUCUUCUUUUCAGAUGUCAGGAUUUGGAACGCUAUGUAAAAGAAAUAAGCCAGCACAAAGAAAAUAUUAUCCUUAUUAACAAGGCAGACUUGUUAACACCAGAACAACGGCAGUCUUGGGCAGAAUUUUUUCAGACGGAGGGUGUGAAAGUUGUGUUCUGGUCAGCCUUGGCAGAAGGACAGAGACUCGCUGCUGAUGUAAAGGAUGAGCAGCUGCAGUAUGAAGAACAGUCUACCGAUAAAGAAGAGUCUACUGAUGACGAAUAUAAUGAGGAAGAGGAUAAUGACAUUUCAAGUGAAAACUCUCGCACAAGUGAAAAUGAGGGACUUAGUGACACAAGUGAUGAGUUUGAAGACUGUGAGGAGGAGGGGGGGGAAGAUGAUGAUGAUGAUGAUGAUGAUGAAGGGUGGCAGACAUGCUCGGAAGAAGCAGAGGAUGAAAGGGUGGCUCCAGAUCAUACAUCUGAAAAGACACAAGACAUUGUAAUCUGUAAUCACAGCCAUUUAGUUCAAAAAGAUGAACUGCUUGAAAUAUUCAAAGCAAUGCACACAGGACAGAGGAUAAAAAAGGAGCAAAUCACAGUUGGUCUGGUAGGUUACCCCAAUGUUGGGAAAAGCUCCACUAUCAACACUAUCCUUGGAAACAAGAAGGUUUCUGUUUCAGCAACACCUGGACACACAAAACAUUUUCAGACGCUGUUUGUAGAGCCUGGGCUUUGCCUUUGUGACUGCCCUGGCCUUGUGAUGCCUUCUUUUGUGUCUUCUAAAGCGGAGAUGAUCUGCUGCGGCAUUUUACCCAUUGACCAAAUGAGAGACCAUAUUCCACCAAUCUCACUUAUUGCCCAGCGUGUCCCACGACAUGUUUUGGAAGAUGUUUAUGGAAUCAAUAUAAUAAGACCACGGGAAGAUGAAGAUCAGGACCGCUGUCCCACAGCUGAAGAACUGUUAUCAGCUUAUGGAUAUAUGAGAGGAUUUAUGACUGCACAUGGGCAGCCUGAUCAGCCAAGAUCUUCUCGAUACAUAUUGAAGGACUUUGUCACUGGCAAACUGCUAUACUGUCACCCUCCCCCAGGAAUUGAGCCAUUAAACUUUCAGCCGCAGCAUUCAGCUUAUCGGGAAAGAAGAGAACUUCUUGAGGCCACAGAACCAAAAUCUGUCACUGGCAAAAAAGUCAAGCAAAUUGAAAAUGUUGUGGACAAAACAUUUUUUCAUCAGGAGAAUGUUCGUGCUUUGACCAAAGGUGUGCAGUCGGUAAUGGGAUAUAAACCGGGAUGUGGCCGUGCACCAUUAAAUGCAACCAGCACCGAGACAGUUUGUGGAAAACCCUGGAAAAAGCAUGGCAACAAAAACAAAAAAGAAAAAGUUCGAAGGCUAAACAAGCAUUUGGAUGCAUAAAAAUCUCUUCAUAUGGAACCAAAGAUGUCCUAUUUUCUUUUGUAUUUUUUUUUCCCAAGAAACAUUAAUUUUGUUUUAACACUUUUUAUUUCUAAAUACAUUGUUGGAAUUCUUCUGUAAAUAUUUUGGAUUACAGAAUAAAGCUCACUUCCAUUGUAUCUCAACUGGGUUACACAAUAUAAACAAAAUUCAGCCAAACUAUAAUAUAGACAAAACAAAGUUAAACAUUGUUACUGGAAUGGGCAUGUUUAAUAUUACAUUUCCUGGAGUAUAGCACCCAAAUGGCAUAAGGAAUUUAUGCAAAAGGAAUUUAUGGGAAAAAUAAAAUUGAUUCUCAUAAACUGCUGGAUAAAGAGCUCUCUCUAUAUUAACUAUCUUUCAUUCUCACUUAGAGCUGCUAUUGGAUGGCUAAGUAUCUACUUCAAUAACUGGGCUGUAUCCACUUGGCUUGUGUGUGGUUGGAAUAUCAGAGCUCAUUUAAAGAAGUAUUUUACCCGAGUUAGAUUCAAUUGGGAGACACGGGGGUUCAUAUUACAGAGAUCUGUGUCUGCAGAAUGGAGGGAAGAAGUGGAAUGGAAGAACAUCUAGCAGUGGCACUAAAACCGAGGGAAUGUGAAUUCUGCUUAAAUGGAGGGAAGAGUUGAAACUAAAUGAAAUAGAGCUGAGAUGUAAUGUAGUGUGGCAGUCAAAGCCUGAAACUUUUAAAAAGGACAACUAAAAUUGUACUGGGCCACACUUAUCCCUUUCUGGUUUUUGUACUGGAAACCCUUAAACUUUCUAUUUGUAAAUGCUAUUGCUGUCUCUUUCAAGAUACAGAUGUUUGAAAUAUUCUACAAAUUUCCUUUAAAGUGAUUGAUAACCAUCUGGUUGGGGUGAUUUUUUUUUUUGUGUGGAAAUUUCACACUAGAACAUUUGUAGUACAGUAUAACACAACAUUAUUUAUUUAACAAUGAACUUGUUUGAUCAAUCUUUUGUAUGUAUUUUUUUUUUAUAUUUUUGUUUUAUCAUAAUGUUGACAAACCUGACUUGACAAAUACAUUCAGUUUCCUCAUCA